AUGGCGCCCAAGUCGCCCGUUCAUCGCUUCAAGCGCGCCUUGGUUAGGUCCCCCACUUCUAGUGCAACUACUCGGGUCGUCGAUGGCAAGGGGGAAGACAACUGCGUCCACAAGACGGCGUUUUCUCAGCAUCCGGGCCCAGCGGGACCUCGUCGCACGCCGACGCCGUUGCCCGACAACGUCCUCGCGCGCGUGUUCGCAUGCUUCGAUCCCUGGGACCCCGACGAUCAACGAACCUGCCUCCAAGCCGCAUUCGUUUGCCGCGCAUGGUCAGAGCCGGCGCUCGCUGUCGUAUGGUCCGAGUUGCCGCACCUUGGCCCGCUCUGGUGUGUCUUCCUCGAUGACGGCUCCCCCAAGGACAAGGGGCACCGAGCUGGGAUGUUGAUGUCGAUUCUCGAGACGGGGUCCUUCCGAGACCCGACGCGUCGAGCGAAGUUUACGCGCCUCGCGAAACGCGUCCGCUCGAUUGGCCAUGUUUGCAUCACGCAGGAGGAAGGGAUGAUUCUCACUGAACUCCUGGGGCCGUUACCACUCUUUCCGAACCUGAGAAGGCUCACAGUUGUCUGGUACGGCAACUACUCCAAAUUACCAGCCGAUGAACAACCGUUCAACUCUCAAGUGCUUUGCAUGUGCAUACCCCCCACCCUGUCUACCCUCUAUAUCGUCGGGGCGGACGAAAACGGAGACCAUUUCCCCGAUCGAAAGUGGCUGGAAACGUGUCUUGAUCUCAUAGACGACUUCGCCGGCGCGUCUAUCCGAGAGGUCACCUUCUCACUGCUUCCCCACGACGCGCUCUGGGCUGUCGCCGCGUUGAAGCCGUUCCAAACUCUCCGCACGGUCCACGUCGUAAACCCGAUCUCACCAUCUGCCCUUCGCAGUCUUGGAACUUUGGAGCAACUCAGUACCCUCAUCAUCGGCUGUUCUUACGCCGAAGAUUGGGACGGCAUCACCCCGGUCGACCUUCCCACCGUGCGCGGUAUCUUGGUCGGGACAGGCCCCCCCUCGAUAGUCUCCCUGCUCCUCGACGUGCUCCGGGCCCCCCGGCUCCUCCAUAUCGGCUUCUUCCACCCUGACCACCGUGUCGGCACGCUCGACGGGCUCGGCGCAGUCGUCGCCGCGGUCGCCGCCUCGUCCAUCUCCUCCACCGUCCUCGGCCUCACGCUCCACGUCUCCCUCGCGCCCCCCACGCGCGCCGACUCGGACCAAACCCGGCCGUCGGUCCCCCGCUCGCGGAGUUCCUCGAUCGUGCAGCUGCACCUGCACUGCCACGACCCCGCGGCGCUCUCCGCCGGGGACGACGACUACCUCGCGAUCUCGUGCGCGUGGCCGGGGCUCCGAGACCUCAUCGUGCUGGGCUGCGGACGCAGCGCGCGCCGCGACGGCCCGGACCCGUCGCGCGCGACGCACUACCACCUCGCGGCGCACUGCCCGGACCUGGUGGCGGCCAGCAUCGACGGGCUCGCGCCGUUCGCGCCGGACCGGUAUCGGACGAAGGAGGCGAGGGAGGCGUGGAGGCGCCCUGGCGGCUGA